CACGUGAGGACUGCGGUCGGUGGGGGCGGCGACACAAUCGCGUCCUUUACCCAAAUGCAGGAAGGCAGGAAGAGUCAAUCGGAUCAGUCCGAUCACAGCAGAUGCGCCACGGGUUACCUGCCGCGCAACAGGGGCCAUGACACCUGAGAUGCGGGCCGUGUGCUUCCUGCCCGUGUUGUGUUUGAGCCUCGUCGUGGCGGGGGCCCACGCAGGCCCGGCGCGCUACACUGCCGACUGGGCCAGUCUGGAUGCGAGGCCCCUGCCGCCGUGGUUCGACGAGGCCAAGGUCGGGAUCUUCGUCCACUGGGGGGUGUUCUCGGUCCCCGGCUUCGGGCGGUUCAGCGAGUGGUUCUGGAGCUGGUGGCAGGCCGCGAAGCGCGCAGAAGAAGUUAAUUUCAUGAAGAAGUACUACCGACCCGGCUUCGAAUACGCGGAUUUUGCGCACGAGUUUCGCGCAGAAUUCUUCAACGCCGAUGCCUGGGCCGACAUAUUCAAAGCUUCUGGAGCACGGUACGUCGUAUUUACCUCCAAACACCAUGAAGGAUUCACAAACUGGCCCUCACCGACCUCCUGGAACUGGAACUCGAUGGAUGUAGGUCCUCACCGGGACCUGGUGGGAGAACUGGCCACAGCCAUCAGGAAGAAAUCAUUGCACUUCGGCCUCUACCACUCUCUAUAUGAAUGGUUCAACCCACUUUUUUUGGCUGACCAGGCCUCCGGAUUCAAGACGCAGAACUUUGUUGCCGAGAAGGCCCUUCCAGAGCUCGUGGACCUCAUAAAGACGUACAAACCCGAUUUGAUCUGGUCCGACGGGGACUGGGAGGCGACCGACGACUACUGGAACUCCACCCAAUUCCUGGCCUGGCUCUACAAUGACAGCCCAAUUAAAGACGUGGUGGUGACCAAUGACCGGUGGGGGAAGGGCUGCUACUGCAAACACGGGGGCUACUACAACUGCGCGGACAGGUACACGCCAGGUAAACUCCCGGACCACAAAUGGGAGAAAUGCCAGUCCAUCGACACGCUCUCCUGGGGCUACCGCAGGAACAUGAAGCUGCCCGAGGUCAUGACCCUGCCGUCCAUCAUACAGGACAUGGUGUACGUGGUGGCGUUGGGUGGCAACUACCUGCUGAACAUCGGGCCGAUGUCCGAUGGCAUGAUCGCGCCGGUGUUUGAGGAGAGGCUGAGGGGACUGGGCGGGUGGCUGGGCAUCAACGGGGAGGCCAUCUAUGCCUCCAAACCCUGGAGGGUCCAGAAGGAGAACAGCACUCUCCCCGUCUGGUACACCGCCAAAAACGGUACCGUUUAUGCCAUUUUCCUGGACUGGCCGGCCAAACAGCUUCUUCAGCUCCCAGCGCCAAAGAUGUCGGGAGCCACGACGGUGACACUUCUCGACUACCCCACAAUGCCACUGAAGUGGGCACCGCUGACGCCAUCAGCUGGACUUGUGGUUAUGAUGCCUUCAAUGCCAGCUUCUCCCGGGAACGCCUGGUGUCUGAAACUGGAGGGAGUCGUCUAACGUCAGAGAGCUGUAACAAAAUCUAGAGUGUGUGUGUGUGUGAGGGAUAUCAAAUCAGGUAAUGAAUCAAAUUUAAUUUAGAAUAGUGUUUGUGUGCCAUAUUUUUGUAACCUAAGCCUUUUAAGAGCGUUCAUGUUUGUAAUGGCCAUUAUUAUACUCUUUUAUUCAGUUAAAGCCAUGAUCUUUUUGAAGACAGGGCAACUCAGGGUCUUGUUAUACCUCCAGCAGUCUACGUGUUUAUAAGGGGUGGUGGUAUGUUUGUCACUGUUCAAUAUUAUGUCAUUAUUAAUUAUGCAAUUUUUGACCAAACAUAAGUGAAACUGGUCAAAGAUUAAAUCAUCAUGGUAAACGGUGUGUUUUGUAGAUGUGGCAAAAACCAACGAAGGCGUCGAUUGUUUAAAAUGUAGCUUUGUUCAAAAGAAUAUAUGACAGUAUGCACAACUGUUUAAUGAACACCCAACAAAGGACUCAAUUAUGAUGAUCUUAUAAUACGCUGUCAAUAAAUAGAUCAAACAGUCCAAAAAAAUAUGCCGAAGACCAUUAUGUACUCGACAGUUUGUCUUUUUUAAGAGUGUGAUGGAAGACAAUCGUAAAAUAAGAAUAAAGGCUCUGA